AACACAACCGUAGACCAUUCAGUUUUAAUCAUUUUCUGCGACUUGAAAGUAUUGAACAUGUUGAAGUAUCUGAUCGUUUGCCUGGCGCUUUGCACAUUGGCUUAUGCUGAUGGAGAAUGGGUGCCCAAAACUGGUGAUCAAAUCAAAGAGAUUCGCGCUGAAUGCCUGAAGGCGCAUCCGCUGAAUGCCGACCAAAUCAACAAGCUGAAGCAGUUGGAGUUCCCAGACGAGUCCGAGGUUCGCCAGUAUCUGUUAUGCACUGCCACAAAGCUGGAUAUCUUCUGCACACACCAAGGCUACCAUGCGGAUCGUCUAGCCAAACAGUUCAAGAUGAAUCUCACCGAGGAGGAUGCGCUGCAAAUUGCACAGAGCUGUACUGACAGCAAUGUGGAGAAAAGCCCAGCGGACGUGUGGGCAUUCCGCGGGCACAAGUGCUUGAUGGCCAGCAAGAUCGGCGAAAGAGUGAAGGACUUCAUCAAGGCCAAGCAGGCAGAGGCAGCGGCAAAGGCUUAAGUUCAAUAAAUGUGUCUUUUGUGCUUGAACGCAAACA